AUGGUGGCUGUAUUUAAAAGAGAAUUAAUUCAAGUUAUUCCAAAUCCACCAAAUGAAAGAACUUUUACGCUAUCUACAGUAACAGAUAAAGGCCAUUAUAUUUCAUUAAGACCAUUGGUCAAACCCACAACUGAGGAGGAAAAAAAAUUUCCAUUUGAAUGGGGGUUCGGCGGCAGAAACACUAGUGUUGAAAUCAUUAAUGUUAACUCUAAUUCUUUUAAACAAAAUUUUGUUUUUGAACUAGAUCUUAAUGAAUAUUUACAAAUCCCAAACACUCAUUCUGGCUUAAUUAAUACUUUAUGGACCACUUGGGAUUCUGGCUGCUUGGAGGAAACGGGUGAACUUUUCCCUUUUGGUAAAAAUAAAGAAUCGGUUGCAUUUAGAGAGUUAUGGCAACCCAUUGAUCCAAGUAAGUCUGUUGACUUUGAUCAUUUAACUUUGAAGGAUGGCGAUGAUGCUCAUAACGGUUCCAAAGAGACUUCUGUUGCUUUGCACAUUGACAACGAUACCUUUGUUGGGUUGGUUGUUGUUGCUGGUAAUAUCUUACAGGGUAUUUUGUUUAAAAAAAACGAUAAUACUAUCAAGGGUACCAAUUUUAUUAGAGGGAUUAUUGCUUCCGAGGAAAAGAAGGAAUUUACUUACAGCAUUAAAUAUGGUGAAGACGUUACUAGUUUUCCAUUAGAUUUAUUUACAAAACACGACUCAAUUAAAGUGGGUGAUGUGAUUUCCCAGUGGAAAGUCAUUGAGUCUAACUUAUAA